AACAAAAAAACCAGAUAACACGAACGGAAAAGAAACUCUCUCCGCAUUUUCAUCUCUCUCCAGAGCCUCGAUUCCAUCGAAGCUCCCUCACUCGUGCGCCAUGGCCGAAAACGGCGGCGAUGGCAGGCCGGCCGCCAUGGAGGACGCGAAUCUUGAGAAACCCUUCCUCCGCUGGAGCCCCUCCAGCAGCAUGCGGCGGAGGGCCUCCGGCGAUCUCUCCCUCGCGCUCCCUUCCCCCUCGCGCCGCCCCUCUUUCAGCCGGGACGUCGGCCACGCCGCCGCCGAGACUUAUCUCAUUACUCGCCUCGCUCUCACUCUCCUGAAAUACCUCGGGAUAGGGUACCGGUGGAUGACAAAAUUUCUUGCCCUUGCGUGUUAUGCUAUCUUACUCAUGCCAGGUUUCCUACAAGUUGGAUAUUACUAUUUUUUUUCAACCCAGGUCCGUAGAAGUGUAGUCUAUGGUGAACAGCCCAGAAAUCGGUUGGAUCUAUAUCUGCCAAUAGAUAGCAAUGGACCAAAGCCAGUUGUGGCAUUUGUAACUGGUGGGGCCUGGAUUAUUGGUUACAAAGCAUGGGGUGCUCUUCUAGGGAGGCGGUUGGCAGAAAGAGAUAUUAUAGUUGCAUGCAUUGAUUAUAGAAACUUUCCUCAAGGGACCAUAAGCGAUAUGAUAAAAGAUGCUUCUGAAGGAAUCUCAUUUAUAUGCAAUAACAUUGCCAGCUAUGGAGGUGACCCUGAGCGGGUAUAUUUGAUGGGACAAUCAGCAGGUGCACAUAUCGCUGCCUGCACACUCUUGGAUCAGGCAAUUAAAGAAUCUGCUGGAGAGAGCAUUACUUGGAGUGUCUCCCAAAUAAAAGCAUACUUUGGUUUAUCUGGCGGAUACAACAUGCUGAACCUGGUCGAUCACUUCCAUAAACGUGGUCUGUAUCGCAGCAUCUUUCUCAGCAUAAUGGAAGGGGAGGAAUCCUUAAGGCGUUAUUCUCCAGAAGUUGUUGUACAGGACUCAAGUGUCAGACAAGCAAUUCCUCAACUUCCUUAUAUCAUUCUUUUCCAUGGAACAGCCGACUAUUCUAUACCAUCUUCUGCCAGCAAAGAUUUUGUGGAUGCCCUUCAGAUGGUUGGUGCUAAAGCUAAAUUAGUAUUAUAUGAAGGCAAAACACACACAGAUUUGUUUUUACAGGAUCCUCUUAGAGGUGGUAGAGAUGAGCUGCUUGAAGAUAUAGUAGCAGUUAUUCGUGCUGGUGAUGCAAUUGCAGUUGCCAAAGAUGCUGCAGCACCUCGAGCACGACGACUGGCUUUUGAGUGGCAACUGAAGAUGGCUCGCCAAAUAAGUCCCUUUUGAGUGCUCAGGAGUGAUCUCCAGUUUCUUAUGUCAGAGAGGUUGCCUGUCGAGCAGGUUCAACUGGUCCAUGGGACUAAGAGAAGCUGCAGCAUUGCUACCAUGCUGGGAAGAAGCUGCACAGGAACCUGAACUAAAACGCAAUCAUCUCUCAACACUUAAAUGACGCUUACGAUGCCGAGUGAAAUGAUGCAUGAACAUGAAAGUAAACCAUUUUUGGCCAGCAUGAAUGAUGGUGAUGCCAAAAAAUGAGGAUAUUUGAUUUGACUAUUGCGGGCAUUUUCUUUUGCAAUAUUUUAUGUAGAAAAAGAAGUCUCUUAUAAAAACCAUUUGUCGCUGAUGUAGGUGGAUUGAAAUCCACUUUGGUUCAGUAUACAUUUUAAUUUCUAGAUGACGUUGCUGUGUA